GCCAACAGCCGAAGCCACCGGCAAUGGCGGCCUCGGUGGCCUCUGGCUUCGCACAGGCCCAUCAAGGGAAUCCUGAAGAACAAGACAUCUGCAGCUUCCCCGGUGAUAGCCUUAGCCGAACAGCCCCGCCGGAGAGUCGAAGAGGAGCUGAGUAAAAAGUCCCAGAAGUGGGAUGAAAUGAACAUCCUGGCAACAUAUCACCCAGCUGACAAAGACUAUGGUUUGAUGAAAAUAGAUGAACCAAGUACUCCUUACCACAAUAUGGUUGGUGACGAUGAAGAGGUUCAGAAGGAAGUCUUGACUCCAGAUGUCUUAGCUAAGAAAUUAGCUGCUGCUGAAGGCUCAGAGCCAAAGUAUCAGACUCGGGAACAAAAAAACAGUGGAGAGGAAGAUAAUGACCUCUCCCCUGAAGAGCGAGGAAAGAAGCAGCAGUUUGAAAUGAAAAGGAAGCUUCACUACAAUGAAGGACUAAAUAUCAAAUUAGCUAGACAGUUAAUUUCAGAAGAACUACAUGAUGAUGACAAAGAUGAAGAAAUGUCAGAGACUGCAGAUGGAGGGAGCAUGAAUAUUGAAGCUACAAAUCAAGGAUCUACAGCAAGUGACCAUCUGCAACACAAAUCACAAAGUUCAUAA